GUGCUGGACCUGACGGUGCCUGACGCCUGGCAGUCCACCCCAACGCGGCUGCGGGACACGCUGUGCCGCCUGCCGCGCCUGCGCCACCUCCACGUCACACUCGCCUGCGGCGCCGCGCAGCUGCCGCACCUGACGGCCCUGGGCCGCCUCAAGACCCUGGCCAUAGACUACGGGGGGCCGCCCGCGCUGAAGCCGGGCCUGCGCGCGCGCCUCGAGGCGGGCCUGCCCGCGACGAAGGUGCAGGUCUGGGAGCAGCUGCGCGCGCGCGGCUGCAGCUCGUUUGGCGGCGCAGGGGCCGAGGGCGAGGGCGGUGCGGGCGGGCUGUGGCGCGCGGUCGGGCGGCGUGCGGUGCGCGCGGUGGUGGUGGUGGCCGUGCUGGCUGGGGGUGCAGCGGUCGCGCUGGGCUUGCUGCGGCGGCGUGCGGCCUGGCGUGCAGGCGGCUUUUUGAACCUCGGGCGGGCCCGGCGUUGA